CGUCUGGCUGCUGCAGCUGUGUGCUCUCCAAGCGCAGCACAUGGUAGCGUCUGGAGCCGCUUGUGGCGACGGGAAUCUUUAAGUCUUAGCUUGUUUCAUCGUUCGCUUUACGACUUCAAGUGGCUCGAAAUUCGCUGCGGCUGCUGUAAACUACAAUAAUUGGCGUUUUUCUGCCAGUGCGGAAAGUUGAGUGGAGGCAUAACUGCGACUCCAAUCUAAUUGUCUGCUACGUUAAGAGCCAACAUGUCGACUGGCACAAAACAAGGGAAGAGCUGCCCCAUCCCGACCAGGGUCCUCACCCUGAAUGACUGGUCCCAGCUGCCCGAUUGUUACAGCCAAACGCCCGGGGGGACCCUCUUCUCCACCACGCCCGGAGGUACACGCAUCAUCUACGACAGGAAGUUUCUCUUGGAUUGUCGGAACUCUCCUCUUGCCAGGACGCCCCCGUGCUGUCUGCCGCAGAUCCCGGGAGUGACGGUACCGGCCACUCAUGCACACCACACGGGGAAACUGCAGGACCUCAAGGAGGAGGCCGAGGAGGAAGAGAAGGAUGUUGGAGAUGACAGCCAGUUUGAGAUGGACAUCUGAGCCACCAGUAUUACCUCCUGUGGAGUGUUACAUUAAAAUGCCUUAUAAGUCAUAAGGGACUGUAAUGCAUUACAUACGAAGCUUUUUUUCCCUUUUUUUUAUUAAAAACUGAGGACCCUAUAAUGGAAAAAGUAACCUAAUAUAAGGUGUUGUUCACCUUUUAUAAAAGUGGGUGUUGAUUGUUUUACUUUGGAUGAAUUGGUUGGUUGUUUCAAAGAAAGUAUGGCAUCAAGUAUGAAAUCUGUUUUGAUUUAACGUUUUUUUUUUAUCUUUUGUAAAUAAGAAACUUGUAUUGUGUUUUAAGUUGAGGAUUAUGGUUAUUACAUUAAAACAUGUAUGAAAGAGGCUUUCCAUACAUGGAUCGGUUUGCUUUUGUUUAAUUUCCUCCCAUUUAAAAAGAAAAAGGGGGUCUAUCAUUAUGUGCCAGGCAAUGUCUCCCUACAAUCGGGAUUGGGUUUCUACUGGAAAAUCGGCUUUUACUUUGUUUUGUAUGGAGAAGAAAUGUGGAAAAAUUAGAAAAAUAAAUAAGGAAACUGUCA